ACCGCCGUACGUCAAGGCGUAGCCCGAAGCAGGUGGACUCGAGCCCCGGAAGUGAGAUGCACCUCGGUCCUAAAGAUGGUGCCUUCCUCAGCGUAGAGUCGGAUAAACCCAAAGAAAUGCGAAUUAAAAGAUAAUUUCUCAGUGGGAUGAUAAAAUAUCUAGUUAUUGAAUGCCUGCUGACUGUGAGAGAUUAAUAAACUGCCGCUGAAGGAAAGUAAGAUGGAUUUUAGCAGAGCCGACGGAGGCUCUUACACGGUGAGACACAAAAACAGUUGUUGAGCUUUUAAUCGUCUGUGUACUUCAUUUUUUGUCUUAUUUUAGCCAUUAAACUGCUAUUUCAAGUGUCUAUUCAGUUUACGUUUAACAUUCAAUAUGGCACUUAACCCGUACAGAUAAGAUUUUAAAGUGCAGAUGGGUCGAAGUUUACUAGGAAGUGGUAAACAAAGACACACAAAAGACGUGUUUGUUUAUGAGCUGGAUUACACUAUUGUGUGACAGGACUCUAAGGUAACCUAACUUUAUUGAUUUAAUGAUCUGUUUCUAUUCAGGAUAAUCUCAUCGGGACUUUAUUGGCUAUUUUUGGGAACUUGCUCGUCAGCAUCUCUUUAACAAUUCAGGUAAGAAUCACCUCAGUAUCCUCUAAUGUAUAUUUUAGUGCCACAUUUGUCACAUAAGCAUUUUUAUUUGUGUUUAGAUUUGAGUUUUACCGCUGAACUCUAAAUUUGUCAUGUCUAAUUAGAUGUCUGUGCUUGUCAUAUUGUUAGAAUAACCCUUUAUUGAACAGUAUUUCUUAUCAGUCUUCAAUAUGACCUGAUACUAUUACAAUGUUCCCUCUCAGUCAUUAAAUCUGUAAUUGUAUUCGUCUAAAGCCCAUCCUUACUGCAAAACCUUUUUUUCUGCAUAUGUUUGGUUAAGGCCUCCUUAUUUUGUUUGCUUUGCUUUACUUACUUCUGCUGUAGUCUUUGUGUUUACCCUUGUCAUUGUGUCUUUCUCUCUCAGAAAUACAGCCACGUGACAUUAGCAGGAACCAAGGACUCGCGUGCCUUUUACUGCACCAAAACCUGGUGGUGUGGUUUCGUGCUGACCUGUCUCGGAGAGGGGGCAAACUUUGUCUCUUAUGCCUUCGCUCCCCUGGCUCUCGUAGCACCUCUUAAUGCUGUGUCUGUCCUUUGUGAGUGUUUGGUUAAUGUCCUGUUAUGUUUUUGUGUCAGCUUUUUUGGAAAUAGAUACAGUUAUAAUCAUUGAAACAAUAUCUGUGUAAACAAAACCACUGAAAUGAUGGUUUAAAAAAAAAAAAAAAAGGGUGUUUGCAAAAGACAUUUUUUGUGAACAGUUUCCUCUUUUCUUUGUUUUUCAGCAAGCUCAAUUUUGGGCCUCAUUUUUAUACGAGAAAAAUCCAAGCCCAAGGACUUUGCAAGUAAGUUUAGCGUAUAGCUGUCAGUAAUGAUAGGAGUGCAGUAGCACUUACACUUACAUGUACAGUAUAUCAAGCUUAUGCCAUUGUAUUGAAAUCUGUUAUCAACCUGAUUCAGAAAUGAUGUCAGUCAAAUAUGUAGUUUUAACUUUGAAAGGGAAAGUAUGUGUCAGUUACAACAAGGAUGUGAUUUUUUUCCAUAUAGUUUUCAUGUUGUGUUGAAUGUCCUAACAUAUUUAUCUCUGCUUGGCUUUUCAAUGUUAUUUCAGAGCGUUUUGGACUGUCCGUCCUCGGAGUCAUCCUCACCAUAGGAGGAACAUAUCUCUUUGUAGCAUUUGGCCCAAACUCUCAUGAGAAACUCAAAGCUGAAAACAUUGUGAAGCACAUUGUAGGAUGGCCCGUACUCUUGUACCUGGUGAGUUCAUUUUAAUACACCACCACUGAGUACAUGAACUGAAAUGAAACUGCUGAGUCAGAUGUUGCUGCCAAACAAUAAUAGAGAUUGUGUUUAAAAAUGGGAACUGGUCCCCUUUUGCAUCCUUUUCCUUCAUUGUCUUAAAUGUCUCUUCACCUUGUGUACGUGUGAGUCUUUACCGACACAUUCAGGUAGUUGCUGUUCAACAGUGCCAAUAAUUAUAAAAGCACAAGUGAGUCAGAUCAGGUGGAAUCAGCAGCCAGAGUCUAAGAAACACCGCAGCAUUAUUAACAUUUAAAGAGAGAGACAAAGAAAGGUUGUCUGGUCCCACCCUGAAUUUCUGCUGCAUUAGUCACAGACAUAGCAUCUUUAUUUAAACUGGCAAAAGGUAAAAGCCUCUAAGACAAUAACUUAAUGCAGUAUGCCAAAUAAUUAAUAACUGCAUUUGCAAAGUGGAACAGAGUUUAUAAUUAAAAGGAACUGUGAAUUUCAGCUGAGAGACACUAUGUGAGAUAUUUCCUUUUCAACAAUAUAAGAUGCAGCGAUUAAACUGAGCUUAAAUAAACUGGUACGCCUUGCAGAGCUGCAGUAUAGAAUCUUCUACUUGUGUUUGUUUUUUCUGUUAACUAUAUCUUCUUCUUAUAGUGCUUGUUUUGUUUCACCUAAUGUAAAUAUCUGAUCCUUCACCUAUUAUAUCUCAUAAUUAUUCGCCUCUAGCUUUAUGAUUAUUUGAGCUGUUAUUGGAUCUGUCAGUCACUGCCAAGCUUACUUGUGUAUUUUACUUUGUUGAUAUAAUAUUUAUAAGGUGUUAACUUCUGGUUUUAUUUUCACUGACAGCUCCUGGAGAUCAUCACAUUCUGCCUGCUGUUGUAUUUCUAUAAACAGCACCGUGCUAACUACCUCGUUGUUAUUCUGAUGCUGGUCGCUCUGCUGGGUGAGUCUCUGGCAUCAAAGCUGUUCAAUUCUGUGAUUUAUGUGAAAUGGAGUAUCUGCAAUACAUUUUCAAAAUGCAUUGUCAUAUUUUAUGCUCCAAGAGUACCUCAGCUCUGUUUGCUCUGUGUUUAACCGAACAUACUUCAUUGGUUCACAGGUUCGGUCACAGUCAUCACAGUGAAGGCGGUGUCAGGUAUGCUGGUUCUCACCUUUGAGGGCACGAUGCAGCUGGACUACCCAAUCUUUUCUGUCAUGUUUGUGUGCAUGGUGGCUUCAGUGAUCUUCCAGGCCAGGUGAGUGGAAGCGACGUUGCAGUUUCCUGAAAUCAGCAAAGAGUUUGGUUUGCACAGUGCUUUUCGCCUUAACUCCUACAUUGUUUAUGUUUUCAUGUCUGAUUUGUCCUCUUUAGAUUUCUGUCCCAUGCUUGUAAACUGUAUGACUCCUGUCUGAUCGCCAGUGUCAACUACAUCCUUUCCACUAUCUUGGCUGUUGUAGCAGGUGAGUCAUGAUAUUCUUGGCUGAUGAUUUUAAUUGUGCCUGGAUUGACAGGCAAAUUCAAAACGCUGCUCGGCACACCGGACAAAGAGGAGCGCUCUGGGGUCUCAUUAACGGGCUGCUUUGCUCAUUCCUGAUGCCUCUGCAGUCACAACAUAGAACCUUCUUCUCUUCUGGUUUCAGGAGCUGUGUUUUACUUGGAGUUUAAGAAUGAAGAUGUCCUUCAUAUAUGCAUGUACUUGUUGGGGUGAGUGUAAAACCAUCAUGGGUCUUUUCAGACAAAAACAUUUUGAGGUACAAGAUACAAAAUUGACAACAGCUGACUUGUAUUUAUCUGUGCCAGUUUUAAAGUCCUGGUAAUGUUUAUGUUGUUAACUGUUUAGGCUUAUAAUGUUAUUGUAGAGCCACAAUCAAUCAUAGAAAACAAGCAUUUGACAAGGACUUAAAGUAACUUGCAGUGAAAUAUAAAAAAAAAAAACUUGCAAUAUUUUCUCGUUUCCUUUUGUGUUUUGUACAGAACUGCAUUCUGUUUCCUGGGGGUCUUUCUCAUUACCAAAAACAGGAAAAAGAGCAAAUCCUUUGAGCCGUAUGUCACCAUGGAUAUGGCAAAUGGUUUGUUUUAACUUUACAUUUCUAAUUUAAGAUGUUUAUAUUGAUGUGUUUCCAUUUUGACUUACUUGAACUUCAUCUGUUCUGUCCUGUGCUCUCAACCCAGGUGUCCCAGUCAUCCAUGAUAAAGGCCUGGUUGUUCAGCCGGAUUUUAAUGGAUCAUUCUCCUAUGGAGCUCUGGUCAACAACGAUGGAGUGGCUCCUGCUGCUCUGCCGGUCAAACUGGCGCAACCACCUGUCAGAUCCAGAUCCCCUGAUGCAUCCCACAGCCAGCCUGGCCUAAAGACAGACUAAACGUUUUAUUUUAACAGUUUUUUGAAAGCAUUCAAGGACUUUGAAAGGCCAAGAUGUUUUAUUUUGCACAAGACCAACCUUCAUCCCAGUAGCAGGUGUCCACUGGGUGUUUGAGCUGUCCUCUCACUCUGCCUUAAUCUCCUGUCUUCACACUUUUAACUUUUUCUAAUACCUUUGAUAAGCAUUACUUUUUUUGAGAAGAUGUCAGUUGUAUUCACUCCAAAAAUGUACAUAAGAAACUGGAAUAAACAUGGACUCACAGGCACGGCCUCAGUGGUAGGACAGUGGAUAGAGACAGUGUUGUGCCUUCAGGCAUACUGCCUUUACUCUGUAUUUACUCUGAGAUGUAAUCACUCACUUCCAUGGGUUUAAAGCAAUUUUGUUCCUAUUUUCUGUGAUGGGAAUACACAGUGAUCCGUUCUUCCAUUCAGGGUUGUUGUUGGGUCUUAAACAGAGAUAACUAUGUAAAAAUGUUAAAUAGUGUAGCUGCAGACUGUCUCAAAAGACUUGAAGUAUUACAGUGUGUCUCAUAGCAGGUUUCACUCCACAUUAUCCUGCCUGUUCAUGUUCUCAGAAUUACAUUGUAUUCAUUCUCUUUCUAUUGUGACCAAAUAACGGGUGAAGUUAUCUUAUUUAUUGUAAUUUAUGUGUACAUUUUAUUCAAGUGUGCCUUAAAUGAAGCUGUACACAGAAUAACAAGGGUGACGCAUCAUUGCAGCUUUGCAGUUGUAAAAGACAGAUGAAAGCUGUUGUUGCCUCAACUAUUAUUCUGUAAUCUUUGAUAGGAAACCUGAUGAAACUUAGAUUACUUAUUUAGAAAGGUAGUGACUUGCUUGUAUCAUAAAGCUACAAUUCAACAAUAAACUGUAAAUCUACUCCAGUGUGUAUAAGCUUUGUGUUUUGAUAGAAAAAUUUUAAUACUAUCCUGCUUAUGCUUUGAAAUUUUAUAGAAAAUUUGAACUCUAACAUUGCAGUUCUCACUGCUAAACAAGUGCAACAUCAGAAGCUGAAGAGAUCCUACAGGAAAAUAAAACAAAAUAUCUUCACAAUCCAUACUUUGUAAUUCCUUUGUAAUUCAAAUUUACACUCUCUCUACUUUAAAGCAACGUGUUUCCACGAUGUUAGAAAAAAGCAGGAACCUUUUCACAGUAUUUGUUAAAUCGUUUUUCUGUUUCUAUGGUGAAUGUGCGUGAGUUCAAUAAGUGUCAUUGUAAUUUAACUGAAGUCUGUCUCAUUAUAUGCCCUCUAAUAAAACCAGAACAGCUCUUGAAUCAUUUA